AUGGAGAGAAUGAUCGUCAGCAUGCAGGACCCCGACAUGGGCAUCAAGAUGAGGAACCAGCGCCUGCUCAUCACUGUCAUCCCCCAUGCCAUGACAGGGAAUGACAUCGUGGAGUGGCUCAUCCAGAAGUACGGCAUCUCCGAGGAGGAGUCGCUGCACCUUGGAAACCUGAUUGUGAAGCAUGGCUACAUCUACCCCCUCAGAGACCCCCGCAGCCUGGUGCUGCGGGCAGAUGACUCACCCUACCGCUUCCAGACCCCCUAUUUCUGGACCAGCACCAAAUGGCCAGCCACAGAGCUAGAUUAUGCCAUUUACCUGGCCAAGAAAAACAUCCGCAAGCAGGGUGACCUAAUUGAGCACGAGAAGGACAACUACAACCUCCUGCACAAGCGGAUCAACCACACAUGGGACUUCGUGGUGAUGCAGGCACGAGAGCAGCUCCGGGCAGCCAAACAGCGGAGGAAGGGCGACCGCAUCGUCAUCGACUGCCAGGAGCAGGCCUACUGGCUCGUCAACCGGCCCCCGCCAGGAGCCCCCAAUGUGCUGGAGCAGGGUCCCGAGCGCAGGAACAGUCACACCACCCGUGUCCAGCUGACCAAGAACAUGGAUUACUACAAGCGGGAGAUCGAGUACUGCAGGAAGGCCAUGGCCAGGACCAGAGUGAAGUCCUCCAUCUGCCUCGAGGGGUACAUCAAGUUCAAUGAGCAGUACGUGCCUCAUGACCCCAUCAUGUCUGGCUGCCUGCCCAGCAACCCCUGGAUUACAGAUGACACCACGUACUGGGCCAUGAAUGCCCCCACGGUGCCAACCCCCACGAAGCUGCGUGUGGAGCGCUGGGGCUUCAACUUCAGCGAGCUCCUCAUGGACCCUCUGGGCCGGGCGCAGCUCCUUGAAUUCCUCAAGAAGGAGUUCAGCGCUGAGAACCUGAGCUUCUGGGAGGCAUGUGAGGAGCUGCGCUAUGGGGAGCAGUCUCGCAUCGAUGAGAUUGUGGACUCUAUCUACCAGCAGUUCCUGGCUCCUGGGGCCACGCGCUGGGUGAACAUUGACAGCAAGACCAUGGAGAGGACACUGGAAGGCAUCAAGACUCCCCAUCGCUACGUGAUGGAUGAUGCCCAGAUGCACAUCUACAUGCUGAUGAAGAAGGACUCCUACCCACGGUUCCUCAAGUCAGACCUCUACAAGAACCUCCUGGCCGAGGCCAUCAUCCCUCCAGAGACCAAGAAGCAGGUUUUCCCCUUUAUGCGCAAGCAGCGGCACUCCAGCCCCAGCCCAGCACUGCUCCUGCCCGCGGGUGACACUGAGGAGAGGAGCAAGAGCCCAGCAGCAGCCCCUGUCCCCGAAGAGGAGAGCUGA